AUAAGAUAUCAAUAAAAGGAAAUUAUACAAUGGAACACAUCAUGCCGAAGUUGAAGAUGUUUCUGACACCAACGCUGUGACCUUGACAUUGCCUGACCUUCAUUUUCGCCAAGAGAGAGCAGACGGAAAUAUUUCCUCAAUCUUCCUAAUUUCCUUCAAAACGAUUGAUGAUGCUAUAGAAGAUGUCAGGAAGAUCAGCAGUGUGGAGGAAGCUACCAUCCAAGAGAUUGGUGUUGGUAGGGAGCUCAAUCGCUGUAGCUGUAACAUUGUACAAAGCUAAACAAAAGCUUGGGAAUGAAAAGGUAAAAGUACAUGCAGCCACAUCUUUAUUGGACCAGAAGGAGGCUCUUAAUUCACCACUUAUCCCAAGGGCAGAGCAACUGUCCAACCUAGAGAAGACAACAUAUGACAUUCUAGUCAUUGGUGGGGGCGCCAGUGGAGCAGGGGUGGCCCUUGAUGCCCAAACUAGAGGACUUAAAACAGCUUUGGUGGAAAAGUUUGACUUUUCUAGUGGUACAAGUAGUCGUAGCACCAAGCUUAUACAUGGAGGGGUGCGUUACCUACAGAAGGCAAUCCUAGGCCUAGAUCUAGAACAGUACAGGAUGGUUAAAGAGGCUCUUUCAGAGAGAGCAAACCUUCUGGAGAUUGCGCCAUAUCUGUCAUAUCCCUUGCCAAUCAUGUUACCUGUAUAUAGAUGGUGGCAAGUGCCUUAUUUCUGGGCAGGUAUCAAAGCUUAUGAUCUGGUAGCUGGAGGGCAAACAUUAAAGAGCAGCUACUUCCUCAGCAAGACGAAAACUUUGGAAUUAUUCCCUAUGCUUAAGAAGGAGAGGAUGGUUGGCUCCCUUGUGUAUUAUGAUGGUCAGCACAAUGAUGCCAGAAUGAACCUUGUGAUUGCACUUACUGCAGCAAGGCUGGGAGCAACAAUUACCAACCAUACAGAAGUCCUAGAGCUCAUCAAGUCCACUGAUGAGAAUGGCAAAUCUACAAUCAGUGGUGCUAAGGUGAAAGACAGAAUGACAGGCAAGGAAUUUGAAGUGAAAGCUAAGUGCGUAAUUAACUGUACUGGGCCUUACACUGAUUCUGUGCGGGGUAUGGACCAGAAAAAUAUAAAGAAGAUUUGCCAGCCAAGUUCAGGUGUCCACAUCGUUCUGCCAGAUUAUUAUAGCCCUGACCAGAUGGGACUACUGGACCCCUCCACAAGUGAUGGAAGGGUAAUAUUCUUUCUUCCAUGGCAGAAACACACUAUGGCUGGCACAACUGAUAAUUUAUGUAGCGUUACAGAUAAUCCUGCACCAACUGAAAAAGAGGUUGAGUUUAUAUUGAAUGAGAUCAAAAACUACUUGAAUGCAGAUGUAGAAGUGAGGAGAGGGGAUGUGCUAUCUGCAUGGAGUGGAAUUAGACCCCUGGUGUCUGACCCUAAUAAAGCAGAUACCCAAUCACUUGCAAGGAAUCACAUCAUUGAAGUCAGCCCAUCACAGCUCAUCACUUUAGCAGGUGGUAAAUGGACGACAUACAGACAUAUGGCUGAGGAGGCAGUUGAUAAAGCUGUGCAAGUUUGUAAUCUCAACCCUGCAUCUCAGUGUGUUACCAAAGGACUCCUUUUGGAUGGUUCUCACAAUUGGACUCCAACUAUGUUCAUCAGAUUAGUCCAAGAUUUUGGCUUAGAAAAUGAGGUAGCUCAACAUUUAGCAAACACUUAUGGGGACAGGGCUUUCAAAGUAGCGAAGAUGGCCAAGAUAACUGGGAAAAGGUGGCCAGUUGUAGGACAGCGUCUGCAAGAGGAAUUCCCUUAUUUAGAAGCAGAGAUAUUGUAUGGGAUCAGAGAGUAUGCUUGUACAGCAGUUGACAUGUUGGCUAGAAGGACAAGGCUUGCUUUCCUCAAUGUACAUGCUGCUGAAGAGGCCCUCCCUCGUAUUAUAGAAAUCAUGGCUAAAGAACUUGACUGGAGCAAAGCAAAACAAAAGGAAGAAAUGGACAGUGCCCUACUGUUCCUGAAGAAUGAGAUGGGACUUGCUCUUAAGGCAGAAGCAAAGAAUGUCCCUAUCAACUUUACCAAGGAGGAAAUUAAUGAAUAUGUGAAAAGGUUUCACAAACUUGACACUGACAAGAAAGGGUAUAUUACUGUUAACGACUUGCGCAGAUAUUUCAAGGUUCGCAAGGAAUUUAUCACUGAAGAUAUGCUUCAUGACAUCCUUAAUGAAGUGGAUGUGAGUAAAAAUGGACAUAUCGAGUUGGGAGAAUUCUUACAGUUAUUGAGUGCUGUGAAGACAGGGGCCAUUUCAAAUGUGCGCUUGGCUCAUGCAUUGGAUAUAGAAAAAAGAAAAGCUAUCCCGGUGGACAGGAGUGGAGGUGGAUUAUAAUGCAGAAACAUGUGUAUAGCUCCAGUUUCACAUGUGUAUAGACUACAAAUAUUCACAACUCAAUAUUCAAAACACAACCCUAUACUACAAAGAUACACACUAACCGAAUCUAUGAUAGUAUUAUAUUAUUAGAGAUGAUGUCACUAUGACAUGAAAU